AUGGCACUUGUUCUCAGAGUUUUCGCAUUGUUUUUGUUGGUUGCUCAUGUUCGUCCAGCAUUUGCUGCGUUGGCACCAAACGAGACCUGUGCACCGAACACCAUUGAAUGCGGAGGUGCCUACAAAAUUUGCUGCGCCUCGGAUGAAAUGUGCAACAUAAACCGAGGAAUACCACUCUGCCUCGCCGGUGACAAAUGGGUCAACCAAUAUCGUCAUAAGCGAUGCGAGUCUGAUGUUGACCUCUUCGUCUGCGACGCGAUUGAACCUGCGACUAGCUGCUGUCCUUUGGGGACAAUCUGCCAUUGGAGUACUCCCGAAAGCCCUAUCCAGUGUGUCGAUGCAAUGGGCGUCACAGUUCCAGCCUAUCCUACCGCGACUUCGAUUGAGAAGCCUCCAGCUUCCGCUGUCCCGAUAACCGAUCCUGCCAUUACCUUCAGUCGCGAAGGAGCCUGGAACGAGACCGGAUUGAGCGAUGACCUUGGAUGCUCGACGUUGAGCAACACUCUCCGCGUUACCGAUGUUAUAGGAGCCUCUGUCAACUUCACUUUCUCAGGCAAUGUCAUCGUCCACACUGUAUCUCACCCCCGCGGUGGGGUGUUCGCAGUCUUUAUCGACGGUUUCAACACCAGCUCCAUCAUUGACACCUAUAUCGGACCAACAAGCGUAGACCCGGAAGGGCCUGUGUGCCGCGCACUUCAAUUCCCGCCGUUCCUGGUGCUACCUCCAGGAUUUGAGCACCGAACCGAGCACACCAUCUCCCUCGUCUAUCAGGGAUAUUACACGGAGAACGUUCCGGACCGUCCGUCAGAUGGUCAUUUCGCCCAGUUCGAUGCUUUCGAGGUCCCUAUUUUCGCAACCCCAGAAGCGCAGGCCAGCUCUGCUCCUUUCGGAAGUGCACCUUCCAUUCCUGUUGCUACAUUGCUUAUUUGUGCUUCUGGAUUCAUGUUCGCUUUCUUGUGA